GGCGGCUGCCUCGGUUUCGCCCUGCUGUGGCGGCAUCGGUCGGCCUGGGCCAGAACGGGCAGCCGGGAGCUCCACCAUGAACCUGCACCAGGUGCUGACGGGGGCCGUCAACCCCGGGAACCACUGCUUCUCCGUGGGCAGCGUCGGCGGGCACCCCUUCACGGCAUAUGCAUCAGGCUGUGAUAUUGUGAUACUGGGGACUGACUUUGAAAGAUUACAAAUAAUUCCUGGAGCAAAACAUGGCAAUAUACAAGUGGGAUGUGUGGAUUGCUCUAUGCAGCAAGGGAGGAUUGCGGCCUCCUAUGGGAAUGUGAUUUGUAUUUUUGAGCCAGUUCAGUGUCUGAAACAGAAACAUAAUUGUCAUACUGGACUGCAUUAUCAGUGGCAGAAAUCAGGUCAGUUUUCACUGGAGUAUGUAGUACACAACUUAACAUGGGACCCUACAGGCUGUCGUCUGUUGACUGGUUCCAACUGUCUGCAGCUUUGGUCCAAUAUUAAUUUUGAAAACUCAGCAGAAGAUGAAAACCAUGAAAAAGCAGAUGUUCAGGACUGGCGAAUUAUUUGGCAGUGCAAAACUGCUUCCCAAGUUCAUCUAAUGAAAUUUUCACCAGAUGGAGAAUUUUUUGCUACUGCUGGGAAGGAUGAUUGUCUUGUAAAAGUGUGGUAUAAUACUGAUAGUUGGAAAUCAGCAGUUGCACCUCAAGUUCCAGAACCUAUUGCCCAAGAAGUAGAUUUCUCAUUUAUUUAUUUGGUUCACCCUCGGUCUGUUAAUGGAUUUUCAUGGAGAAAGACAAGUAAAUACAUGCCACGUGGUGUGGUGUGCAAUGUAUUGCUAACAUGCUGCAAAGAUAAUAUAUGCCGUCUCUGGGCAGAAACUUUGCUGCCUAAUGAUAGUUUGCUCUAUGGAGGUGGAUGUAGCCAUUGGCCUGAGCCGGUGAAAUUAGGAAAUAACUUUAAGAGAAAUGCUUCUAGUAAGGAGAGCAUGAAGAACACUUUAGAGUUAAAUCUAAAGCCCUUUCGACGAGGGAGGAGGAGGUCUAUAGCACUUGCACAUACUGGAUACUUGCCACAUCAGCAAGAUCCUCAUGAAGUUCAUCGAAACGCUCCACUCCAAUCUAAUGCACUUUGCCACUUUCAUAUUGCUGCCAGCAUCAAUCCAGCCACAGACAUUCCUUUGCUCCCUUCCAUCAUGUCUCUGAGUCUUAAUGAAAAUGAGGGGGAAAGUGGACCUUUUGUAGUGCACUGGCUAAACAAUAAAGAAUUGCAUUUUACUUUAUCAAUGGAGGUCUUUUUACAACAUCUUAAAAAGAAUUUUGAGCAUAUUUCUUCAGAGGCCAGCACAGAAGAAUCUAAUCAGAUUGAUAUAAAAUCUGAUGAAGAAAUGGAUGAAAAUAGAGAUCGCAAAGGAAAUCAAGAUCAGAAAGAACUUAGUGGUGAAAAACCCAUCUCAAAUUCAAGUUAUGUUCCCUUGCCGUCUGCUGCUAUUGAUCAUGAAAUUGAAGUACAGCUGUCUGAAUGGAAUAAAAAUGCAGACAUGUUAUUUAGUAUUCAUCCUAUGGAUGGGUCAUUGCUGGUGUGGCAUGUAGGUUGGCUAGAUGAAUACCAGCCAGGCAUGUUUCGUCAAGUACAGGUAUCAUUUGUUUCAAGAAUACCUGUAGCCUUUCCCACUGGUGAUGCAAAUUCGCUUUGCAGAAGUAUAGUGAUGUAUGCUUGUACCAAGAACGUUGAUCUAGCUAUUCAACAAGGAAAACAAAAACCAUCUAGUUUUGGCCGUUCCUGCUCCACGUUAAUCUCUUCAGGACACAACAAAUCAUCAAACAGCUUAAAAUUAAGCAUCUUCACCCCAAAUGUUAUGAUGAUAUCUAAGCAUGCAGAUGGCUCUCUGAAUCAAUGGCUAGUCAGUUUUUCAGAGGAAUCUGCUUUUUCAAACGUAGUCAGUAUUUCCCACAAAUCAAGAUAUUGUGGUCAUCGUUUCCAUCUUAAUGACUUGGCUUGUCAUUCAGUACUGCCAUUGCUACUUACAACCUCCCAUCAUAAUGCAGUAAGGACACCAGUAUUUGAAAGCCUGCAAGAGACACAUGAUGGCUCACCUUCAAGAUCUCAGAAUAAAGAUGCUACUAAAGGCACAAUGUCACAGGAUUUCACUGCAGUUUACAGUGAACUUAUCCUUUGGAGAGUUGAUCCUGUUGGGCCACUCUCUUUUUCUGGUGGAGUUUCUGAACUUGCACGAAUCAACUCUCUUCACGUAUCUGCUUUUUCAAAUGUGGCAUGGCUGCCUAGUCUUAUACCCAGUUACUGCCUAGGUGCAUAUUGCAAUUCACCAAGUGCUUGUUUUGUUGCAAGUGAUGGACAGUAUUUGAGACUGUAUCAAGCUAUCAUUGAUGCCAAAAAACUUCUGUGUGAACUGUCAAAUCCAGAAAUUUCUAAAUAUGUUGGUGAAGUUUUUAACAUCGUAAGUCAACAGUCUACAGCCAGACCAGGGUGCAUUGUAGAACUGGAUUCUAUUACAGAGCUGCAUGGUGGAAAAAUGCAGUUACUUCAUGUUUUUCAAGAAGAUUUCAUUUUGAAUAACCAUGAGAGUAAACCAUCAGAAAAAAGCACCAUGUUACCAGACUCUGGAUAUCACAAAAAUGGAUUUUCUGAAAAAUUCUAUUUAGUUGUAAUUGAAUAUUCGCAAAGCCGUUCAGUGUUGCACAUGUGGAAACUACAUUUGAAGUCCAUACCAGUCUCAGUGGAUGAACAAAUAAACUCAAAGGCAUUUGAAGCAACAUCACACCAAGAAGAGCUCUAUUGUUCUCCAGAUCAAGAGAAGCUCCAGUGUUCCAUCACACAGAAAUAUGAAGCUUGCAGAGAGAAACUUCAAAGUACCAGUCAACUUGCUCUUUUUUCCGAAAUAGUUUAUAGUCAAGAACUGAAUUUGCCACAAGGAGUAGAGAUAAUAAGUAUAAAGCCAUCUGCAGGUCACCUGAGUUCUUCCUCCAUAUAUCCAGUCUGCCAUGCUCCUUAUCUUCUUGCAACUUUAUGCUCAGAUAGUAAGGUUAGAUUUUGGAGAUGUAGAGUGACAUUGGAAUCAGGUAUGGCUUCUGAACCAGGGAGUAGCCCAAAUGCUGAUACGUAUAUAUGGGAAGAAUGGCCAUUGCUAAUUGAAGAUGGAUUUCUUAGUAGUAGUUCCCUUAAUGUGCCAGGUAAACCUUUGGAAAUUAGUUGUGCACAUACAAAUCGAUUAGCUGUGGCAUUUAAGCGAAAAACACCCUCAAAUGGUGGUGGUUCUCAAGACUCUUCCGUAAAUGUUGGCAUUUUUGAAUGUGAAUCUACUGGAGGAGCUUGUUGGAUCUUGGAACAAACUCUUCAGUUGGACGAGCUAAACCCAACAUUGGAUUCUUUGGGUACUGACAAUAAUUCAGUCAUAGAUGGAAAAGAGAACAUAAUAUCCAGCACAAAGCAUUUAGUUCACUUAGACUGGAUGUCCAGAGAAGAUGGCUCACAUAUUCUAACAGUAGGUAUUGGGCCAAAACUUUAUAUGUUUGGUCAUCUGGCUGGGAAAUUGCAAGAACAAACUGGUAAAGAAGUGUUUGUAUUGCCACUUUGGGAUAAUGCUAAGACUUCAGGCCCUUCUAGAUUUGUAUUGCUACGAUGUGUGGAUUUAAUAUCAUCUGUUGAAGGCUCACCCCCUACACCUGUUUCUUUGUCUUGGGUUCGUGAUGGCAUCCUUGUAGUUGGAAUGGAUUGUGAAAUGCAUGUUUAUUCUCAGUGGCAGCCCCUUUCAAAGCAAGAGCCCAUUUCCAUAGAUUCUUACAGUGACAGUACGCCAUCCAUAAUAAGUUUAAUGAAACAAAACCACCCAUCAAAACGAACAUUAACCAGAUCAAUGACAAGUCUUGCUCAGAAACUUAGUGGAAAGAGAACUGUAUUUGAUCUGUCAUUAGAGAUGGAAGAUUCUGGCCUGUUUGAAGCGGCUCAUGCGUUAUGUCCUACUUUACCUCAGUACCACCCUCUUCAGCUUCUGGAACUCAUGGAUCUAGGAAAAGUACGUAGAGCAAAGGCCAUUCUGUCUCACCUUGUUAAGUGCAUUGCUGGAGAAAUUACUGUCGUAAAUGAAUCUGAACCCAGUCAUGAAAGGCGGCACCAUUCUCUCUCAAUCUGUGCCAGUGGGAGCACUACACGGGACCCUAAAACAUUCAGCCAGCGCUUUAGUGAAGUUUCAGAUUAUAUAGAAAUAGACUCUGUUCCACCGCUUCCUUUAUAUGCAUUGCUUGCUGCAGAUGAGGAAUGCUCAUAUGCUUGUACAGAGAAGUCAAACAAUCAAAGAAACAUUAACAAACAAAAUGUGGCAAAUGAGAACUAUGAAGAUCUUUUCCAGAAUUCCAGUCUACAUACAGAAGAUCUAACUUUGUGUGAUGUAGAUGAAGAAGAUAAAAAGCCAAACGUUAUUGAUCUUUCUCAAUACAGUCCAACUUACUUUGGACCAGAACAUGCUCAAGUUCUUUCUCGUCACUUGCUUCAUUCUAGUUUGCCAGGCCUGACUAGGAUAGAACAAAUGUCAUUAAUGGCCUUGGCUGAUACAAUUGCCACUACCAGUACUGAUAUAGGAGAAAGCAGAGACAAAAACCAAGGAGGAGAAACACUUGACGAAUGCGGUUUAAAAUUUCUUUUGGCCGUCCGUCUUCACACUUUUUUGACAACCUCUCUGCCACCUGCUCAUAGAGCCCAGCUACUUCAUCAAGGUUUGUCUUCUAGUCAUUUUGCCUGGGCUUUUCAUUCAGUAGCAGAAGAAGAACUGCUAAGUAUGUUACCAGCAAUGCAAAAAAGUGAUCCCACAUGGUCAGAACUCAGAGCAAUGGGAAUAGGAUGGUGGCUUCGAAAUACCCAUAGUUUGCGCAGAUGCAUCGAGAAGGUUGCUAAAGCAGCAUUUCAAAGAAAUAAUGAUCCACUAGAUGCAGCCAUUUUUUACCUUGCAAUGAAAAAGAAGACUGUGAUUUGGGGGUUAUACAGAUCCCUAAGAGAUACUAAGAUGACACAGUUCUUUGGACACAACUUUACUGAAGACAGGUGGCGCAAAGCGGCACUGAAGAAUGCUUUUGCUCUGUUAGGAAAACAACGUUUUGAACAUUCUGCAGCAUUUUUCUUGCUAGCUGGUCAUCUAAAAGAUGCAGUUGAGGUCUGCCUAGAGAAACUACAUGAUAUUCAGCUGGCCCUUGUAAUAUCCAGACUUUAUGAAACAGAGUUUGAAGCAUCUGGGACCUACAAAUCAAUUCUGCAGAAAAGAAUUCUGGGAAGCCGGCAUCAUAGCAAGGAGAGUUCAUUAAACACACAUGCUGAUCCUUUUCUUCGAAGUAUGGCUUACUGGAUUUUGGAAGAUUACAGCCAGGCUCUUGAUACUCUUAUAAGCCAACCCAUUUUGGAUGCAGGAGAUGAAGGAAGCAUCUCAAAUUGUCACCCUUCAGUAUUUAAUUUCUAUAAUUAUCUAAGGACACAUCCUCUGUUGUUGAGACGCCAUUUUGGUUCUUCUGACUUAUCUUCUACAAGGAUUUGUGUAACAGGAGAAAAUGGACUAGCAGAUGAAAUCAAUUUAGAUGAAAGAAGAUUGUUCUUCACUGCAGCAUAUGCUCACUUAAAGAGUGGUUGCCCCAUGUUGGCUUUAGAAGUGUUAUCAAAGAUGCCUAAAGUGGUCAAAAAGUCAAGGACUUUAGUUAAAACACCUAGCUUAAUGGACAGUAGCAAAGGCAGUUCAUCUUAUUCUCCAGUACCAAUGGAAUCAAGGGAUGAGCAGUCUUCCAGCAUUGACUGGUCACAACCACUAGUAAAUGGUUUAGGAUCAUCUUCAGACUUUUCAGACAAACAUUCAAAUUCUGUCCUUUCUUUUGAUUGGAGUCAGCCAAGUAUGGUCUUCCCAGAUGAGCCUUUGGAGCUGAAGUGGGACAGUGACAAAGGUGAGGAAAGUGAAGAUUCUUGUCUUGAAAUGAAACCUUUGCAGAAGACAGUGAGUGAUAAACCCAAUGAAAUUAGUACUAGCUACACAGAAACUUACAGUGCUGCUGUUGAAGAUGAUGCUUUAAUUUUAUCAGAAGACAUCAUUUCUGCACAGUUGAAAUUUAGAGCAUGCUUGAAGAUUCUCACCAUGGAACUCCGUACAUUAUCAACUGGCUAUGAGGUAGAUGGUGGAAAACUAAGAUACCAGCUUUAUCAUUGGCUUGAAAGAGAAGUGGUAGCUCUUCAAAAGACUUGUGACUAUAGUGUAGAAGCAGAGGACAUUCAGUCAGGAAUUAGCCCAGUAGUGGAUGAAGGCUCAUUAAGUGAAACAGCUGAAGAACUGUCAGACAAACAGCUAAAAAUACAGCAGAUGGAAAAUUCUCAGAGAAGACAGUGGCUUGUAAAAUACCAGUCACUUUUGAGGAUGUUUCUAAGUUAUUGCAUCCUCCAUGGAUCACAUGGUGGAGGUUUGGCAUCUGUAAGGAUGGAACUGAUUUUGCUUCUGCAAGAAUCCCAGCAGGAACAGACAAUGCAAUUGCCUACUAAUAGUAUAUCAGAACAGAGUUCCAUACCACUUCUGUUUGCUUGUACUGCAAGUGCCAAAACUGUGGUGGCCAAUCCAUUAUUACAUCUUAGUAACCUGACACAUGACAUACUACAUUCAAUAGUAGACCUUGAUUCACCACCUCAUCCAGAUAUACAGAAUAACAAGAUACAUGUAAUGCAUACAUUAGCGGCAUCUCUCUCUGCUUGCAUAUACCAGUCUCUUUGUGGAAGUCACAACUAUAGUUCAUUACAAGCAAAUCAAUUCACUGGAACAAUUUACCAGACGCUGCUGCUUUCUCAUCAACGUUCUUUAAGAACUGCAAGUGUAGAUGAAACUGUAACUCCCAAUACUGCACCAGCUCAAUGGCCAGGAAUAACACCUUUAAUACAGUUAUUGAAUUGUGCUGGGGAAGAAGCCCAGCCUGGGAUAAGAAUUUUGCUCUGUGAAAUUCUGACAGCAGUCUAUCUUAGUCUCUUCAUCCAUGGUUUAGCUACACAUUCCAGCAAUGAACUGUACAGGAUCAUGGCCCAUCCUCUUAAUGACAAAAUGUGGUUUGCUGUCUUUGGUGGCGGAGCUAAGAUCCCUAGAAAAGGACAAAUUCAACAAACAGCAAAAAUGGGUAGGCACUUCCCUAUGCCUAGCCCACAUCAGGUAGUAGUAUUCUCCAUGGAAUGUGUGGGGUUUACCAAAUCUCUAACAGCCAUCACUACUCAUAGCCCUACCAAACAAGCAGCUUGUCCUCCAGCAGAUGAUGGUGAAAAACAGCAUAAACGGUUUAGACUGUCAUCAAAAUCAUCUCCAAAAGAGAGUUUACAAUCUACUUCUUUACCUUCGGUAGAGCAAGACUCUCCAAAUUACAGAGAGAAGUUUAUUCCCCCUGAACUUAGUAUCUGGGACUAUUUCAUAGCAAAGCCAUUUUUCCCAUCAUCACAAAUGAAAGGUGAAUAUGAUUCUGAGGAAAGUACAGAAAACAGUGAUGAUGAAGAUGGUGAUGAUGAACAUUUGAAACUUCAAGAACAUUCUAAUUCAAAUUCAUAUAGUUGGUCACUGAUGAGGCUGGCUAUGGUUCAGCUGGUUCUUCAUAGUUUGAAGAGUUUCUAUCCUUUGGUUGGGCACGAUCUUUCAGGUCUUCCAGUUAGCUCUCCGCUGUGUCAUGCAGUUCUAAAGGUACUCCAGCGCUGGGAGCAAGUUCUUAUCAGACGACUUGAGAUGUUUGGUGGCCCACCACAAAAUUACAUUUCUGUUCAUACUUCGGAAGAUGCAACCUCUUCAGGACCUGCACUACUCCGUCACAAAGCACUGCUGGAACCCACAAACACCCCUUUCAAAUGUGUAAGUCACAGUGCUCUGUCUGUGAAGAGGCUUUGGCAAUAUCUCAUUAAACAAGAAAUGGUCCAGGAAACCUUCAUCAGAAACAUAUUUACAAAUAAAGGACACUUAAACGAGUCUUUAGAAGAGCAAAAUGAACCUAUCAAAAGUACCACAGUUGAAGAACAUGGAAUUAAGGUAGAGAAUGAUAUGGGAUAUCCAGGAAGUAAGGCGAGAAUCAUCCAUAAAGAAUCUGACAUUGUUACUGCUUUUGCUGUCAAUAAGGCCAACAGAAACUGUAUUGCUAUAGCUUCCAGUCAUGACAUUCAAGAAUUAGAUGUUUCUGGAAUUCUAGCUACACAAAUUUACACUUGGCUUGAUGACGACUUAGAAACAGAAGCUAAAGGAUCUGAUGACUUCUUAGUUAUACAUGCUCGGGAUGACUUGGCAAACAUUCAGGGAACAACACCAUAUACACACAGUAACCCUGGCACUCCACUCAACAUGCCCUGGCUUGGUAGUACCCAGACCGGAAGAGGAGCUGCUAUAGAAUAUUCCAAUAGAUUUAAUGGAAUCAGAAAGGAAUUGGCAAGGAAAGAGAUGCUCAAGAAGGCUAUCAAUAAUGUCCGAAGAAUGGCUUCCCACCCAACACUGCCUUAUUACUUGACAGGUGCUCAGGAUGGUAGUGUGAGAAUGUUUGAGUGGGGCCAUUCUCAGCAAAUUACAUGUUUCCGAUCUGGUGGCAACUCUAGAAUUACACGGAUGAGAUUCAAUUAUCAAGGCAAUAAGUUUGGAAUUGUUGAUGCUGAUGGAUACAUAAGUCUGUAUCAGACUAACUGGAAAAGUUGCUUACAUAUUGGAAGUACACCCAAACCAUAUUUGACUUGGCAAUGCCAUAACAAAACAGCCAAUGAUUUUGUUUUCAUCAGUUCUUCAUCUUUGAUAGCCACAGCUGGGCAAUCUGCUGACAACAGAAAUAUUUGCUUGUGGGAUACUUUGGUUGCACCUUCCAGUAGCUUAAUGCAUGCUUUUACCUGUCAUGAUACUGGAGCAACUGUCUUAGCCUAUGCUCCCAAACAUCAGCUGUUAAUAUCAGGGGGCAGAAAAGGCUACACCUGUAUAAUUGAUCUUCGUCAAAAACAACAACGUCAGCUUUUCCAGAGUCAUGAUUCUCCAGUUAAAGCAAUUGCUGUAGAUCCAACAGAAGAUUAUUUUGUCACAGGAUCUGCUGAAGGAAAUAUAAAGGUAUGGAGUCUAUCAAACUUCGGGCUUCUUCAUACUUUUAUCAACGAACAUUCUCGACAGUCUAUUUUCAGAAAUCUUGGGACAGGUGUCAUGCAGAUUGAGACGGGACCAGCAAAUCACAUAUUCUCAUGUGGAGCUGAUGGGACAGUAAAGAUGCGAGUCUUGCCUGAUCGAUUUAGUGCAUUCAGUGAAGUGUUGAAAAAUGAUGUAAAACUCAUGCUCUAAUGCGGUGUUAUUUCUGUUUUCUCCAUGGAAAAUAUUUGACAAGCAGUUGAUAAAUGUAUGUUGAUUGUACAAAUAGUACCACAGUAACAUUUUCCAGUGUUUCUAUUUAUUUCUUGGAGCUUUAGUCCUUGAUGCACUAAUGCCUUAAAGAUUAACAAGUUCCUUCUAAUGUUUUGCCUAAAGAAUCUUAGAAGAUUCAGUAAAUAUUUAUAAUGUGUAUGUUGUUGAAGUGUUCUUUGUUCUUAAUUUGUGAUAAUGCCUCAUUCCAUGUAGGUAGGUGAACAUGGUCAUUUCUUUUACCCUUCUGUAAAGAUACCUGGAAGUCUUAUGAUGUCACCUCGUUGCCAAAUUACUGUUCCUAAUUGGCUGUGAAUACGGUUUGCCUUUGUAUAAAACCAACUUUUGCCUCUGAAGCAGAUUUCUGUGCUAUAAUGGGACUUGCUGUAUGGAGGUAUUUUAUAAGGCAUUCUUACAGUUGAACUACCAUCACUAUCUAAUUCCUGGAAUCCAACUUUAUCAUUGUUGCAGUUUGAACUCUAUCAAGAUGAGACCUGAAAAGAUAAACCUUGUGGGACUUUCCAUGCUUGAAUUGCUGCCAUCUGGAUGGCAGUGUUUCCCUUAAACCAAGAGAUAUACAGAAUAUAUAUAUAUAUAUUUUUAACUCUGAGCCCAGUUUCAAAAUAUGCAAAUAUUGUGUGAAUACAUCCCUCAUAAAACUAUAUUAGGAUAUUAAAAUUUUCAUACGCGAAGCAUUAGUGUUAAUAUGAAGAAUUAUUGGAAUGUUUUACAUAGGAUACCUAAUCUCUCUUUUGUAAAGUUGUAUUUAAAGUGUAAGUAAAUUACAGGAAGCAGAUAAAUAAUGUUAUUUACUCUUUCCCAUUAAUAUGUUUUCAUUUAGCCCAAAGAUGCUGAAUUUUUUCCAGCACAUAGUAUUUAGCUUUGUUAUUAUCUUUCUGAAGCAAACAAAUUUUAAAAGAAUGAAAAAGAAAAUGACUAUUAUUGUAGUGUGUGGGAUAUAUUAUAGAUUUAUAAGUGAAAAAAUCAAAGGUCUAUUGAAGUAAAGAUUUUGAUGUUUCUUUUUGCCAAAAUGUAAAAUUGUAUAAUUGUAUACAUUAACUGUUUUGACAAAUACAAAGCUGCACAAAGCCUUCAACAUUUUCUAUGUGCUAAAAUCAGUUAAUGUAACUGUUUUGAGUUACACUUUUAUUUCAGAAGUGCAAAAACCUUGAAAAAUGUAUAAACUAGAUAAGAGACUGGUUACUCAACGCAAAUGAGAAACUUUUUGCUAAAAUAUUUUAUGAAAAAAGUAUCAUUAUUUCAUGUAAAGUUAAUUUGUUUGUGAAUGGAUAUAGUGUAAAUAAAAAUGACAGGUUUGAAUAAUGAA